AUGAGCACCGAAACGGGCCAGCGGAAGAAACUUGACGGUACAUGUACAGUACAGCACCUCGUCUCAUUUCAAAUUCAUUUCCCAGUGCGGUCAUUUGCACAACGGCAGGACAGGCAUCCCAGCCACUGUGACGAGAAUCAUGCUCUUUGUACUCCCUACUUUGUCCGACAAAAAAUCCGGCCAGCGGCUAGCUGUGGAACGAAGGGCGGUGACAAGAGGCUAGUCGAGGCUAGCAACAACGAGACGCUCACCAGCUCACGAUGGCCUCCCAAGGGCGUUCUACCGCUAGCGGGCAGACAACCAAAGUUCUCGAGCACAGGUGGUGUCUGCAGAAGCCCCAAACGGGCCACUAUUGGCGGGCUUCCACGUGGGAGUGGCCUCGCGAACAUUGCAAUGGAUGAGGAGACUUCCGCCAUGCAACCAUUGGGGGUGCUGAACGGGAAAAAGGCUCUUCGCGGAGCCGAGUCUUACGAGGGAGAGUGGCUGGCCGCAGUCGAAACUCUGCGCCCGCACUCUCGUGUGCGAAUCAGAGUUGGCAAGACCAUGUACUCAGUACGAGUACACGAUACAAUGGCAUCUUACGAAUACACCUUCCCCAUUUUGCCGACGGGCCUAAGCUCCGAUUCAGCACUCGAGUCUUCGUCUGGAUCCCAUGUCCAUCUAGCUUCGGCAUCCAUGCUUUGGGAUGGCUGGGCAUUUGGGCCACACAACGCCCCCAACAUGGCACCUCCGUGGAUGCGAGAAGGCUCUGUACCAACAAGUACAUGCAUACCCUACUCGUACGUGCUGCAAUGCCACCAAGGAGCGGACCGCUUCAUACCCAAGCAACCAAGGUACUGCCAGGUUCUCCGUACCGAUGCAUUGACAUUACAUUGCCGAGACACGUCGCCAGCCAAAGGGGGCGUAAAUUUGUCCGAAGAAUGGACUGUCUCGACUCGAAUUGCAGUUCAGCUUCAAUCCCAAUGCUUUUGGACUGUACGAAUUUCGCUCUACCAGCAAGGUCUCUUGGCGUACAACUACCUCCCAGUAUGGAGCGAUUUAUUUGCGGCUUCGUCCUCGCCAUGA